UCUCGCGAUGACUCGACGUCGAGGGGAGUGUCAAAUUCCAAGAGAGAGGAGAGGAGAGGGAGCCAGAGAGAGGGGCGCAAGGUUACAUUGCAUGCUUUUUGCAAAAAUGGGGGACGACCGACCUUUUGUGUGCAAUGCUCCUGGCUGUGGACAGAGGUUUACAAAUGAGGACCACUUGGCCGUACACAAACACAAGCAUGAGAUGACACUGAAAUUUGGACCAGCCAGGACUGAUUCUGUCAUUAUUGCAGACCAGACACCUACUCCCACCCGCUUCCUAAAGAACUGCGAGGAGGUUGGUCUGUUCAACGAGCUGGCCAGCUCCUUCGAACAAGACGAUGAUGACAAGAGAGCAAAGAACUCUGUAAGACAGCUCCCUGCUCCCAACUCUGUGGCUUUAGACAUGAGCCUGCAGACGCCAUCAGAUGUGAAGGUGAAAAAGGAGGCACCUGUGGAGGUGGACUCCUCACCACCAGACAGCCCUGACUCCUUCUCUGAUCAGUCAGACAGCUACAUAGAGCCUCUGGUGAAAGCAAAGGACACACCACCCAGGAGUUCGGCCCCCACGCCGACUAUUGUGCGUCCAGGUUCCCUCCCACUACACUUGGGAUUUGAUGCCCUUCAGCCCACGAUGCCGUCACCCACCUCUGUCAUCACACAGGCACCGCCUUCCAAUCGUACUCUGGGUUCGCCAACCAGCCACUACCCCAUGAUGGUGCUUCCCUCUGGCCAGGCGGUGCCUGUGCUCCCUGGUCCCGUACAGAUGCCCUCUGUCAUUAAUCUGGCCCGACCCAUGUGCAUGGUACCCAACAUUCCUGGGAUCCCUGGUCCUCCUCUGGGAGGCAGCAGCAGCGGCUCUAACUCCCCUUCUGGCUACAGCAUCCACUCAGAGGCCAAGAUGCGUCUGAAGGCUGCGCUGUCCCAGCAGAGCCCAGGACAGAGCAUGGGUGUCAUGGCCAUGGGCAGCAGCCCCAUGGUACCUCAGAAGGCAGAGCAGAGCCAGCUGCUUGUCCAACAUCCAGAUGCUCCAUCACCUGCACAACCUCAGGUAUCUCCAGCACAGCCUACAGGUGGGCGUCGGCGGCGAACAGCAGACGAUGACCCAGAUGAGCGAAGGCAGCGCUUCCUCGAGAGGAAUCGGGCCGCGGCGUCACGCUGCAGACAGAAACGCAAACUUUGGGUCAACUCCCUAGAGAAGAAGGCUGAGGAGCUCAGCACCAUGAACGUCUCACUGUCGAAUGAAGUGUCUCUGUUGAGGAAUGAGGUGGCUCAUUUGAAGCAGCUGCUGCUGGCCCAUAAGGACUGUCCCGUGACCACCCUACAGAAGAAGAAUGCCUACUUAGUUGCAGAAGAGAGCAUGAAAGACACCUCCGAGCCUACAGGUUCCCCUGCCCCGGUGAUCCAGCACAGCUCUUUGGCGCACAGCCCCUCCACAGGGCAAAACGGCCUGAGCUCAAGGGCAGCAGCUGAGGCCAUGGCUAUGUCUGUGCUGGCAGGAAUGGGCCAGCAGCAGAGGGCUGAGAGUGGAUCCUCUCACAUUAUCAUGGCUGCACAGUCUCAAUCUGCUGCCAGAUGAUGAGCGAUGCCACCACGGCUCAGACUUGGCUCACACUCGUCACCCAGGGGUAAAGAAGAGCAGCGAACCCCCCCACCCCCACCCCCACCGCCCCUCCACCCUGUUCCACUUCCCCAAUCUAGAAGUCCAGAUUUGUUAUCUUCUCCUUCCCUCUUCCCUAUGCUCCUCUGCUCUCUCUGACCCCCCCGGUGGAGCCAUCAUGCUGUGGCCUGGAGCUCAGCAGCAGCCUUCUGGGAAUGGACUGAGACUUUUGAGAGAGCUUCCUGUUCACUUUGCCAUAGACUACAGGGGCUGGACUCCAACCUCCCCACCCUCGUUGCCCCCCCCCCCCACCCCCUCCACCCCGUGCCUCCCCACUCAUCUCUCCUCACCCUCAGUCAAAAUGACUCUUCACUGGACUGUAGGGCUGCGUCGCUCUGAGUGUACUGCCGUAACGAACUUCCCACGUGGACAUGUAACACACACACACACACACACGCACAGUUUCAAAGAUACAGGUGUUGCAUAAACAUUCUCGAUCAAAUCAGAUACCAAACAACACACAGGGCUUUACACUGUUUUCAGCAGGGAAUAGUGCCUUGUGCUCCUUCGACUUUUUAGCCAUGCACACGCCCACACACGUCAUCACAGCAUACGUCCCUAUACAUACUUGGCUCCAAAGAUGCAGUAGUUGUCUAGACUUCAGUGACUCAGAUCUCAAAUAUUCACUCAAACCUUUUGUAAGCGGUUCCACCUUAAGGUGAUCUCAACAUGGACCCAAAACCCCUUACCUCAUUUACACCCCUUUAAGAUAAAAUUUAUAAACUGUGUGUGAUUGGCUCUGUGUGUAUGUAUUUAUGUACAUCAGAACAUAGCAGAUUGCCUACUCCUGAUCUGAUACGUUAAUAGCUAGAUUGUUAGCAUGUGACUUUUUUCUAUUAGGGUGUUAUGUCCUUGAUACAGUAUGUGCAGCUAUAUUUUUUUUUUAGUUAAUUGGCACAUCCUCCCAGAUUAGUACGCAGAACCAAAAUAUGUUAGAUUGUCCAAGACAGUAUAGCAUCCUAAAAUCUGUUUGUUUGAGCAAUAAUUUUUUCUGAUCUGAAGGGAAUUCAACUUCUCUGCUCCUUCUCAUGUUUCCUCAAAAACACAGCAAAAGUUUUUUUGCUGUUUAUUGGUUUUCUAAGUGGAUACCUUUUUCCAUUUUGUAUGAAACUAUUCUAGUGACUGUGUUUCUCUGUGUGGGCUCUGGACUUACUGUAACUGUUAAUUUCACACUUCUCAGGAUGGUUGCACAUCCUUGCUGCUCGUUGGAAGUGCGAUGAAUCCCUUAUGCUCUUUACCAAACCUAAACUAAGCCAUAAUAACAACAACAACAACAACAAUGACAACAACAAAAAAAAAAAACAGAUCUCUGAAUGUCCAAAGUCCACCUGGUACUUGUCCUCGGGCAGGAAGUAAAUAGCCUGACUGUUAUCUUGUGGUUCAGAGGUCACAGUGACACAAUCUACAGUAUUAUCACUGCUUAUUACUUGCACUUACGUACAGUUUCACACACAAUGUCUGAUGAUUAUGCCUUAAUAUCACGUUGGUGCCUCCGACAUCCCCACUUAAAUAUACACAGAUUUGCUCGUGAAAAACAAUAUAUCCUCUGAAAAAUGUGUUUGCCUUGAUUUGUUCAUUUAAUCAAAAUGAAAAGUUAACCAACAAGGAACAAAAGAUUUAAUAACUUGUCGACUAAAAGGCAUUUUAAAUUCAUGGUUAAUUUAACCAUCAGUCUGUCUUCAGUGACAUAAAAUGAAUGAAUCCUUGUCUGUCAUCUGGUGGAGAGACACAGCAAAGACAUCUUCACUGAUAAAAGCCUUGAGGGAGGAAAAAGUUCAGACUUCUUGUGACGGUUUCUAAAAGGCUCCAGUUCUUCAGAAAUCCCGCCAAGAUAUUUUAUCAUUAUAUUAUUUACAUAAACACCUAAACAAGCAGUUUGCUUUUCUUGUUUUCCUUCAUAUAUUUCUGUCCCUCUUUUGGCUGGUAUGGUCAUAUAUUUGCAAGAUGUGAUAUUGUAAAAACAAGAUAUCUGUCCAUUAUCAUAAGGGCAUGUCUUUAUGCACUAAAAUAUUGCAAGUUUAUUGUUGCUUUGUAUUUUUUGUUCAUUUCAAGUUUUUGCGGUUCUCAUGUCCUCUCGGCCUUUUUCGGAGAUAUUAAAUCCUUUUUUAAAAAAAAAAAAAACAUUAUUUUUUUCUUAUCUGUACUGUAUACAUGAAUGGGAAUUUGCUCAGCAACUUUAAUACCUUUCACCUCUGACUGAACCUCUUGUCCUCAAUGGCGACCCCGGCAUUUUGUUGUACUUUGAAGCUGGCGCUAUAUUUGUCUGGCAGUCCCUUAUAGACGAUUGUUCAUAUGGAAUGAAAAUUCAAACUAUAUUUAGCUUUCAUGUAAUUCAUGUCAUUGGCACCUUUUCUGUCAUUUGUUUUCUUUUGUUGUGUGCUAUUUUCAGCACUAUACAACUUUUGUCAUAACGCUUCUGAUUGUACUGAUGAAUAUAGAAACUAAUUUCUUUAACAAGUGGAUUUAUUUUGUUUGUUUUCUCUACAGAAAAAAAAUGUGAUCAGUCCUUUUACAAAAAAAGAGAUUUUGUCCCCUUUGUCAUAUCUUCUAAGAUGAAUUUGGCCACGUCUUUCGACUUUCCCUGUCUAACUUAUUUUUAUAAUUGGUCAAAUAACAAUCGUCAUAACAGAGUUGGCAUAUUAAUAUUACUUAGAAUUGUUGUGGUAAAAGCAAUUUAAUGAAAAAUGCAACAAUGUGAAAGUUGCACAUAGUAUAUGAAUGGUUUUUCACACUCCCAUUGUUGGACUGAUGAUUUCAAAAAUUGUCCUUGUAUUGUACAUAUCUGUACUAUAUGAAUAUAUUUACUUUUCCAUGCAUGUCCAAGUGGAAUACUAUGAACACUUACAGUGCUGCAGUUUUAAUUAAAGAAACUACAUCUUAAUGAA